AUGUUAGCUGUCGAAUGUCUUCCAAAAACACAUGUGAUUCAGUCAAUGGCAGAAAUAAUUGACGAUGAUGAAUCUACGAAUUUAAAAUCAUCUGAACAAAUGAUUGAUAACAAGCAUCAUUCAAUCUCUGCGAUCAAGAUUCCACUUGCAUCAUCUCAACCAAUUUUAGCCAUCUCAUCAAAUUAUAUUUUAGCAAAUGAAUCUACAAAUAAAAGAAAACGAUUAAUUCUUAUUGAUCAACAUUUCCAAAGAUAUCCCAUGAAUUGUCCAAUAACACAAGAUAUCAUAGAUGCUCUAUGGUAUGAUGCUGAACAAAAGUUCUUUUUACUUACGGAAAGAAAAAUUUUUACGUUUGAUCCUAAUACAAAGGAUAUCGAACCAAUAUCUGACAUAAGAUCAAACGAUAGAAAACCUUUCAAAUGUUUUACGGUAUUCAAUAAUCAAUCGUCAUUAUUAAUUGCUUAUGAUGAAUGGGGACCAAAAUUUAUUGAUAGAUGGCAAAAAACUAAUGAAAAUAAUCGCUGGACAUUGAACAGAAGACAUUCAUUGAAUUUAACUUCAAAUGAAUUCAUUGGUAUAAUUUUAGGAAUCAAUCAAGAUGAUUGUUUCAAUCUUGCUAUUACAAUUUAUAAUAGCUUAACACAAGAAUGGCGUAUGGAAUUACGACAAUUAGAAACACUAAUAUGUUUUAAAAAAAUUUUACUUCCGGGCUCCGAUUAUAUACAUGAUUAUAGAAUUAUUGCUAUGAAUAAUGUUACAUUAGAUAUUAAAUGGUUAAUACAUUCGCCUGCUACUAACAAAGUUAUAGCUAUUGAUUUUCAAUGGAAUAUAAUACCUUUAAGGUAUACAGUUCCAGUAUAUAGAAUUAUACAAUUUAAAGAAAACAAUUUAAUUCUACGAACAAAAAAACGAAUUGACAUUCAUUCUUUUAAUUAA